UUCUUUCAAAAAUUUGAUUCUCUUCGCCUGCUCUCUUUUUUUUCCUCUUUUUCAUAUCCUAUCUGUACUUGAAUUGUUUUUGCAUUUAAUGCCAUUUCUGGCACUUGUUUUUUUUUUUCUCUUGUGGGCUGCCAUUGACGCACACAAAGAUUGUUUCUUGAGGGGUUUGAAGAGAUGGGAUUCUUGAGCAGUUUAUUAGGAGUUCUUGGUUUCGGAAUUGGGUUCCCAUUUGGUCUCUUUAUUGGGUUUUACUUCUUCAUUUACUCUGAAUCCGAAGAAGAUGUUGAGGAUCCGAUGAUCAGGCCACUUUGUGAACUCGAUACGGUCGCACUUGAAGAACUUAUGCCUGAGAUUCCUCCGUGGGUGAAGAAUCCUGACUAUGAUAGAGUAGAUUGGUUAAACAAAUUUAUGUCAGAUAUGUGGCCGUUUCUCGAUAAGGCAAUUUGCGGCAUUAUCAGAAGCACGGCGGAACCGAUAUUCACUGAGUACAUUGGGAAAUUUAAGAUUGAGGCAAUUGAGUUCAAGAAACUAAGCCUCGGAAAUCUUCCACCAACUAUUCAUGGUAUUAAAGUUUUUGAGACAAAUGAGAGGGAACUAGUUAUGGAACCAGCAAUACGAUGGGCCGGCAAUCCAAAUAUAAUUGUUUCCGUGAGCAUUUCAUCUAUACAAGUCAAAGUCCAGCUGGUGGAUCUGCAAGUAUUUGCUGCACCGCGCAUAACUCUGAAACCACUCGUCCCUACUAUUCCGUGUUUUGCAAACAUAGCGGUCUCUUUGAUGAAGAAGCCGCAUAUAGACUUCGGACUGAAAGUGUUGGGCGGGGAUAUCAUGUCCAUUCCCGGCCUUUAUUGUUACGUCCAGGUAACACGGCUNUACCUUUGGCCCAAGUCUCUUGAAAUACCCGUCCUUGAUGCUUCAACGGUGGCCAUAAAGAAGCCCGUUGGAAUUCUACAUGUGAAAGUCGUCCGUGCAACGAAGCUUCUGAAGAUGGAUUUCCUUGGCCUAUCAGAUCCUUACGUUAAGCUAAGCCUCAGUGGAGAAAAGCUUCCAGCAAAGAAAACUACGAUCAAGAAAAAGACCUUGAAUCCUGAGUGGAAUGAGGAGUUUAAGCUUUCAGUGAAGGACCCUCAAUCUCAAAUGCUUCACAUAAACGUCUUCGACUGGGACAAGGUAGGCUCACACGACCGGUUGGGAACUCAGAUUUUUCCUCUGAAGCUGCUGACCCCCAAUGAGCUAAAAGAAGUAACACUCGACUUGUUAAAAGAUACUGGUGUUACUGAUCCUGACAACAAAAGGCAAAGAGGGCAGAUCUUGCUGCAGCUGACAUAUGCUCCAUUUAGAGAAGAUCAUGACAGUUUCAGCGGGAUAAUGGACGGCUAUGCCAAGAAAGACAGCAUAGUCGACCGGGCGCCUAGCAACGUGAGCCCAACCGGAGCAGGCCUACUUCUGGUCACCGUUCAAGGCGCUCAAGACGUAGAAGGUUCGCGUCACAAUAAUCCUUAUGUGCUGGUGAUUUUCAGAGGCGAAAUAAAAAAAUCAAAGAUAAUGAAAAAGACUCGUAACCCUUUGUGGAACGAAGAGUUCCAAUUCUUGCUCGAAGAACCUCCGUUGCAGGAGAAGAUUCACAUCAAGGUUAUGAGCAAGCGGACAAGCAUUAGCUUCCAUUCUAAGGAAUCAUUAGGACACGUUGACAUCAACCUAGCUGAUGUCGUCUACAACGGCCGAAUCAACCAGAAGUACCAUUUGAUAGAUUCCAAGGAUGGAGUCAUACACAUUGAGUUACGGUGGAAAACAAUAUGACAGAAACUAGUGAAGAUAUACUUGCAAUCUUGGUAAUUUCAUUAACUGUGUCAAGGUUCAGUUUCUAUCAGAAUUUGGAGAAUAGUGAUGCACAAUGGUACAUGGGAUAGCUAAGUUCAAAGACCACAGAUUCAUGCAGUGCUUUGUUCCAGAGGGUAAGAUAGUAGGUAGUAUGUAAAAUUUGAAUUUUGUUGUACAACCAAACUGCUAUUAUAUCCUGAAAGCAGCAGAAAAAUUUCUGCAUUUUUCUUCUUGA